AUGGAGAAACCAAUAGAUAUGGGAAAUUACACAAUUCUCCAAACUAUUGGUUCUGGAGCGUUUGGGAAAGUUAAAUUAGCUGAGCAUAAGAUAACACAUGAAUAUUAUGCCAUUAAAAUAUUUAAGAAAUCUAGAUUAGACGCAAAACCAUCCAUUAAAGAGAAAAUUAAUACAGAAAUUGCAUUAAUGAAGUUAAUGGAUCACCCACAUAUUAUAAGACUCAUUGAAUUAUGCGAAAGCUCUAGGCAUCUUUUCAUCGUCACUGAAUAUGCCUCUCAUGGCGAUUUAUUUACAUACCUUUGCAAUAGACGUUCGAUAGUAAUUGAGGAAGCGAUGGAUUUAUUUAGGCAAAUCAUAUAUGGAGUCGAUUAUUUUCAUAAUCACUCGAUUUGCCAUAGAGAUCUGAAACCAGAGAACAUCUUAUUGGAUGAGAACAACAACAUUAAGAUAGGUGAUCUCAGUUUUGCCCGUUGGAUGAAGACAGAAACAACAGAUACAUCUUGUGGUUCACCUCAUUACGCCGCACCCGAAAUCAUCAAAGGAAUUAAGUACAAUGGCAAAAAAGCUGACAUUUGGAGUUGCGGUGUCAUUCUCUACGCCCUUCUAACAGGUCGUUUGCCAUUUAAUGAACCGAAUUUCAAAGACCUCAUUCAUAAAAUCAAGAAUGGAGAGUACAGGAUGCCAGACUUCCCAGACGAGGUCAAGGAUCUGAUAGCCAGAAUGAUCUGCGUUGAUCCUGAAGGAAGAAUUACAAUUGAGCAAAUUAAACAUCACAAGGCAUUCAAGAUUGGUCUACCUCGUGGAUACACACCUCCUUUACCAAUACCAAAUCUCAUCCUACCACAAGCCAACUUCUCAAAUCCUCCGCAGGAAUUAAUCGAUUUACUUUUAACCAUCGGAUAUACGGAAGAGGAGAUCAAAGCAGAGUUGGAUGCUCCUGGACUGACUACAGCGAAGUCAUUCUGGGCCCUUCUUUGCCAUUCAAUCGUUCCAUCUUCUUUGCCAUGGUCAGUUCCUCAUCAGAGCCACUUGGAAAAGGAUGAUUCGGAACCAGUAUUUGGCCAGAAUUACAAAAACUCACCUGGAACAGGCAGUCAUUUCUAUCAAUACGAAACAAAAAUGGUUUCGCCUUUAAACGAAAGUCCAAUCACUUCUUUACCUGAGGUUUCAUGGACAAAUACAAUAAACAGUACUGUUCAUGAUAAUUGCCAAACAAUUGAGUUCUAUUCUCAAAAAGAUUCAAAUUCUACAGUCGCAGAAAUACAAAAAGCACUUACUCAGCAAAACAUUGACUGGCUGUUCCCUGAUGACAUGACAAUUUACUCUUACAUCGGUGAAACUUACGUAAUUAUCGAACUUGCCAUUGUUGAGAACAAAAACACGCAUGUUCGAAUAUCUGUGGCUGAUGGAAACUCAUCAAAGUUUAAUAUUUUUAUCGAAAUUAUUUGCAGCGCACUGAAUAUCCAAAGGCCAACAAAAUUAUUUGUUUAA